UCUCCGGAGUGGUGUGGCCGGGCUUACUAUGGCGCAGCUCCUCGAGAGGCGGAAGGGGAGCUCUCUGAGCUCCAGCGGGUGGGACGCUCAGGACUGGAGACGAUUCCUGCGCCCGCUGAACAGCUCCCCUGAGCGGCCAGUGCCAACGAGGGGUAUGGCCGCAGUGUGGCAGCAGGUGUUGGCUGUAGAUGCAAAGUACAACGCAUACCGCACUCCAAACUUCCCGCAGUUCCGCACGCAGUACAUCCGCCGGCGCAGCCAGCUGCUGCGGGACAACGCCCAAGCUGGCUACGACCCCUCGGUCCGCAAGCAGUACCUGCGGCUGCGCAGCCAACUCUUGGCCCAGCGCUACGGCCCCCUCUCAGAACAGAGCAGCUUCCGCGCCUACAGCAACAGCAUUGUCCGAAGCAGUCGCACGACACUCGAUCGCAUGGAGGAUUUUGAUGACGACCCAAGAGCACUGGGCGCCCGUGGCCACCGCCGCUCCGUCAGCCGAGGGUCCUAUCAGCUGCAGGCUCAAAUGAACCGAGCUGUCUACGAUGAGAGAGCCCCCGGCAGUGUUGUCCCCACUUCGGUGGCAGAAGCCAGCCGUGCCAUGGCUGGGGAUACUACGCUAAGUGAGAACUACGCCUUUGCUGGCAUGUACCAUAUCUUUGACCAGCAUGUGGAUGAGGCUGUUCCCAAGGUUCAGUUUGCCAAUGACGACAAGCACCUCCUAGCCUGCUGCUCUCUGGAUGGCACCAUUUCUGUGUGUCAGCUGGUACCCACCCCGCCAGUGGUGCUGCGAGUGCUGAAAGGCCACAGCCGUGGCGUCUCUGACUUUGCCUGGUCCCUCUCCAAUGACAUUAUUGUCUCCACUUCACUUGAUGCCACUAUGCGUAUCUGGGCCACGGAGGAUGGCAAGUGCAUUCGGGAAAUACCGGAUCCAGAUGCUUCUGAGCUGCUGUGUUGCACCUUCCAACCAAUGAACAAUAAUCUCACAGUGGUGGGGAACGGCAAGCACAACAUCCAUGUGGUGAACAUCUCAACAGGGAAAAAGGUGAAAGGUGGUUCAAGCAAGCUCACAGGCCGGGUCUUGUCUCUCUCCUUUGACUCUCCUGGACGGAUCCUCUGGGCAGGAGAUGACAGGGGCAGCGUAUUUUCCUUCCUUUUUGACAUGGCAACAGGAAAACUGACCAAGGCCAAACGGCUGGUGAUUAAUGAGGGCAGCUCUAUCACCAGCAUCUCGGCCCGCUCCUGGAUCAGUCGAGAAGCACGCGACCCCUCUCUCCUGAUCAAUGCUUGCAUUAACAAGCUGCUGCUGUACAGGGUAGUGGACAACGAAGGGACACUCCAGCUUAAAAGAAGCUUCCAGAUCCAGCAGAGCUCCCAUCCUGUUCGCAGCAUCUUCUGCCCGCUCAUGUCCUUCCGGCAAGGAGCUUGUGUUGUGACUGGCAGCGAGGACAUGUGCGUCUACUUCUUUGAUGUGGAGCGUGCCACCAAAGCCAUCGUGAACAAACUGCAGGGGCACAGCGCUGCCGUGCUGGAUGUCAGCUUUAAUUGCGAUGAGAGCCUUUUAGCCUCUAGUGAUGCAAAAGGAAUGGUCAUUGUCUGGAGGAGAGAACAGAAAUAGCAGUCCCUUCUCCAACAAGUGGAGAUGAAUAAGACACACUGAAUGGAUUGUGGAAGGAAGCAGCUUAAAAUGGCAGCCAAGAGCCCUGGAAAGGGACAGAAAGGCCUGUUUUACUUCCUUCCUCAUGCUGGUAAUUUUUACACCUGCCGCACAUAGGAAAAUGCUGUGCAUUUUGCUGCACUGAAAUGGCAGUUGUUGCUUCCCUGGCUUUCAGUUUAGUGGAGCUUUGUACAGGAGAAAUGGGAAUCAAAAGGCUACCCUGCAUUAGGUUCUUCAUCCCCUACUUUCCAUUUGUGGCUUAGCCUGGACGUAAUCUCCUGUGGAUGCUACCUACAGCUGCUAGCAGCACCUGCUGAAAAGCAAUUGGUAAACCUCUGACUAAAUGUUCAUUGUGAGAUAGGAUCUGGAACUGCAAGGCUUCUCUUCUGUCUCUUGCGCAUAGGAUCUAACGGCCAGAGCUCCUUGCACAGCUUGAAAUGGCUUCUGUUCCCCCGUUUCUCCAGAAAUGCAACAACCAGUGAUAACCAACAGAGCCCUCAUUCAAGCACCAAACUCAGUAUUAAACCAUACUGAGGACCACCUCCAGAAAGGAACACUUCCUGGCCUUUGUCAAGCACCAGACCAAGCCAUCUCCUUCGAAGAAUUAGCUGGCAACAUUAACCUACAUUUUGGGCUUGCAAACUGCUGAAGCUUUAACUGACUUACAUGAGAAAAUUCUACUUGCUUGUCUCUACCUAGGGCUCAGUUCUCUAGCCCCUCCUGGAAACAACGUCCAGGGACUGAAUGUCUUCCUGUUACAGAAAGGAGAAAAUUAACGCUUGGCUAACCUAGUGCUAUGUAGAAGCAAGUGCUGAUUGUUUGGAAUGUUACUGCUAGGGGUUGUGGAAGGAAUACUUGUGAGAGUUGUAGGGAGGAACAAAUGGUUCAAACUUUCUAACAAAUUAAGCUGAGUCCAUCAAGCAGCUGUGGAAACUGUCUGAGGCAAAAGGCAACCACGUUCUCUGUUACCGCAUGUAUAACCUUGUAAAAGGGGGGGAAGGGGCUAGUUGUAAUGAAACCUCCCAGUACUGUGGCUGUGGUAGUGAGUGACUUCCCUACCAUUUUGUUGUUUUUUCUUUAGUGUGAACCAAGCAAAAUGAUAUCUAUUUAAGUUUUACUAGGCAGCAUUGAAAAGGUGAUAGAUGGGAUUUGUGCAAAAACAUUUUCAGAGAGGUGUCCAGAUGCUGAAAUAUAAUUAAACAAGGGAGACUUCUAAAUUCCAUGUUAAGCAUGAGGCUAGCAGAGCUCUACACAUCUUUGGGAUAUAAAGCAAGCUAUGCAGCCUCUUGCGAAGUUGAGAUCUGUGAGAGUACAGAGAACUAUGACAAAUGUUUGAAACAGACAAUGUAAUCAUUCCAGCUCCAAAACAUUAUUUACAGGGGCUACCAGAUAAAUAAUUGAAAUCAAUCUGUAAAGAGAUGACAGUUUAAAAUUGCAUAGGAAUCUUAAAACACAUUUCCCACCAUCUUAUUUAUGCAGGCAAACUAGCUGCAUUUCUAAAGAAUUGUUAGUUGCAGUUUACCUUAAAAUUUAAAAAUAAAUUGAUGUGACUUUGA